CUGAGCACUGAGCAGUGGGCUCCUUUCAAGUUGUCGGAUCGUAUAAUUGGAAUUGAUUGGAACAAGCGUGAUCGAAUCACCACAUAGAUAAAUAAAAGACCGUUUCAAAUCCGCAUGACAUCCGCCACGAUGAUUGACCGUGUUAGUCGCUUCGUUCUCCAAAUGCGCAAGCGAAGUAAAAGGAUCAGUGGCCACCAGCGGUACGCGAUUAGACACAGUUCCACCCAACGGCCCCCACGUGAUGGCAAGAUCCUAGAGCACUUAAGCGACAGGAGUGUACUGCGCGUAAGUGGCAACGAGGCCUCCACCUUCCUCCAAGGAUUGAUCACGAACGAUAUGAAGUAUCUUGACGAAGGGGCGCCUAACAUCUACACGUUGUUCCUGAAUAUCCGAGGCAGAGUGAUGUGCGACGCUAUUGUGUACAAGAGCGAGGAGAGCAACUUGUAUUACGUGGAAUGCGAUUCACUGAUUAUCGAUUCCCUGCAGAGACACUUGAAGAUGUAUCGUGUGAGACGAAAGAUAGAUAUAGAACAUGUAGGGGAUAAAAUCAACGUUUGGUCGAUGUUUGGUUCCACGAAACAUUUGGAUAAUGGAGUUGCAGCGACCGAGACGGGAAAACAUAAGCUGGAAGGAAUGAUAUUUCCAUGUGGCAAGCUAAACAGUAAAGCCAGCAAGUUUGUCGAUAAUGUUAUGAUAUACGAAGAUCCUAGGUUGCCCGAUUUAGGCUUGAGAAUUCUCGCCGAGUCGCAGAUUAGCAGACACGAGAUAAUCAAACAUCUAGACGCCGACAUACCUCCGUCGGAAAGUCUCGCGGAUUAUAAGGCGUUUCGAUAUAAAUUAGGAGUAGGGGAGGGCGCACACGAUCUUCCGCCCGGAAAAGCAUUGCCCCUGGAGAUCAAUUGCGAUUACCUACAUGGCGUUAGUUUUCGCAAGGGCUGCUACAUCGGUCAGGAAUUAACCGCGCGCACAUAUCACACGGGUGUGGUCAGGAAACGCCUGAUGCCUCUAUUGUUUGAUAAUGUUAUAGAUAAGUCGCUUGCGUACGACGAGAAAAUUCUCAACGAAUCUGGCAAUGCGGUAGGAAAGUUCCGAGGAUGCGUCGCUAAGUACGGAUUAGGUUUGAUGCGUAUCAAUGAGUCCCUUAGUGCUCGACAGCUUAAUGUAUCCGGUAUAAACGUAAGGGUGGUCAAACCUGCGUGGUGGCCCCAAGAAUCACAAACAGAAACGGGUUCUCUCAAAGAUACAAAAUAACAUCGUGAUGUUUCCUUUGUGGAGCAUAUAUAACGAACUUUUAUGUAGAGUACACACAUAUAUGCGUGAUACGUAAAAUUGUACUAUAUUUUCACAUAUAAAAUAAAUUUUUCUGUGUUCAAAA